GUGGUAUGAUUCUCGCUUAGGGAUUUAAACCCAAGCAUAUCUGCGAGAGGUCCCGCGUUCGAUCCGCGGCUCGGGCCGUUGAUACAUAUUCUUUCACACACAGGCCGGCUGGCCCAAUGGCAAGGCGCUUGACUACGAAUCAAGAGAUUGCAGGUUCGAUCCCUGCGUCGGUCAAUUCUUUUUUGCACUUGUUGGCUUCGGUGGCUAUUUGCUUUUUUGAACCCUAUAUCAUGUUUGCUGUGUGCCCCGGGAGCGGCGCCACCGGCGUAGUAUUAUUUGAACUUGCAUUGCUUACCUUUGUUAGACAGGUGCCCUGCACAAUCUCGUGGCUAGUAUUCAGUACGUUACUAUGUAGAGCGUCUGUGGGAAGCCAGGCAUAAUGGACUUUGGCUCGGUGGUAUUCUAGCAGCCGAGAGCCAAGGUAACAAAUAUAUAGAAUUGCUCGAUAAGAGAAAAGAGU